AAGAAUAUAAUCUGAUAUAUUUUUAGUCUUGUUUUGUUUAAUUAAAUUUACAAAAACGAAAUAAAAUACUUCGUCGCUGUGAAAUUAAACCGAGAUAUCUGCAAAAAUUGAGUUUUCGAGUUCUUGGUGUUAAAAAAAUUAUUUUUUUCCGUUCUAUUUUUAUGUCACACCGCCAUGUCAUAUAGUGGAAUAAAAAUCUAUCAGAUAGCGUUGGGCUAAAUUGCAUUUAUUGCAACUUGGAAAUGACCAUUUUUUAUCAGAAGGCAGAUCUAGUGCGCAAUACGCCAGUGGCUUCAAAACCUUGAAGGAGGAAAGACGUCCAUCAUGUGGCGUUGAGGUGAACCAAACUGAUGUUAAACGGAAAAUAUUGCAUGUGACAAAGUGCUCUGGUGAAAAAUAUGAAUUUUGCAGAUAAGCCGGUUUAAUUUCACAGCGACAAUUUGUGAAAAUAUCGUUUACAUGGAUUUUAGUGUUUUGGGAACUAUGGACCACUAUAAUGAUAACACAGUGAAUCUAACCUAUAGUUAUUCGAGAAAUAAUAGAAAUUUUACCAGAAGUAUUGUUUUCAGAAGAAAAGAAAAUACAGAAUGGAGUCCCCUGAUAUUAAUUCCACUUCUUGCCACAGUUGUACUGAUAGUCACGGUAUUCCUUCUUAUGAUGUUUAGGCAAAAUCCAACAUUCGUUAUUAGUACAGUUGCUUGCUGUCUUAUAUUUGUAACGGUGUACUUAAUCAUGGUUGCCAUGGAUUCUAGCAGACAAUACUUGUAUUGAUGUCUGAAUUUAAAUCAACUACGGAUGGAUUUUUAUAUUUAUUAUAAAAUACAAUAAAUAAGUUGGUUAUUAUCGUCAUUUAGACGGAAGUUGUUUAUACAUAAACGAAAGAAAUUUAAAAUAUAUUUUAUAUAUAGGGA